AUGGGGAGUCUCUGUUCCAAGUCUUCCAACUCCGAUGACCACUUCGCGCAGCCAGGCCGCCCACUCGGGAACUCCGGCGCCCAACCCACUGCCGCCCGUAUCCCCGUUCCCAAGAACACGACGACUCCGGCGUCGCAAGGCGGAAGAGUUUUGGGUAACAACAGCGAUCAGCCGGGCGGUAGUAAUGUGGAGGCGCGCAGUGCUGCUGCGCGUGCAGCAGAGGAACGAGCUGCAAAGCAAAACGCGGCCUCGACUAAAGGCAAAUUGGGUUCGCAGCUUGCUGCGCAGAAGGCAAAGACGCAGGGAAAGACGCUGAACGAUAUCAGCCAGGCGGAGCGCGCCAGCAGGGCUACCGAUGCUGCCGAGACGUCCAGGAGAUGGGAAUAA